GCGAUCGAAGGCGGCCAGAUCGUCUCCGGCGGAGCGAUCGGAAACACUCGCUGCUCGCGAACCCGUUGGGAAUGAAACCUUAACCGGAGCCGAACCUGCGCCUGGACCCUCGGCCGUGGCUGUGCGCGUGCGACAGCACGUGGGGCAGAACGCGCAUCGUCAGCUCUACGACUCUGACCCUACCUGGGCCUUCCGUUCCAAGUAUCAACGCAAAGACGUUCCGAGGCCGCCGAGGCCGUGUAGACGAUGGCUUCGCGUUAGACAUGCUGCAGCACCGUUCUUCCGUUGGUCCUGUGAGUUCACGCGACACGUCCGGUAAUGCCCCGCUUGCCUCGCCGCCUGGCCGCUGCGUUUGCCGGCCCAUUCCUCCUCCUCUGGUGGGCGCUUGCAGAGGUUUCGGCUCAAGGCGGGGAUGCUGUCAGCGUCAACCUCUUCCUGGAGGAGAACGCGGUCGAACACCGCACGGAGCCGUUCAAGAUUCUCCGCGGCAACACACCUUCGCUCGUGCUACGACGAGGAUUCGCCUUCAAGCUCGGCGUCACAGCUCCCGCGUCGAACGUUGCCAUCAUCCUUAGUUUAGGUGACAAUCCGCAGCCCGGCGACGGCAGCCUGGUGCAGCUUCCGGUGCCCGGGAACCCACAGUCUGUCUCCACGCAUCCCGCAGCCGGCCAGGAUCAAUGGACGCUGUCCCUUGCGAAUCAGGAGGGCACGUUGCGCCUGAUCCGCAUCCAGAUCCCUGUAACGGCCGGCGUAGGCCGCUGGAUUCUCACCAUCACUGGCGACGGACAGAACUUCCGAGUCAGGGAAUCCCUCUACAUUCUAUUCAACCCCUGGCACAAUGGAGACCUCGUGUUUAUGGAAAACGAUCAAGCGCGGGGCUUCUACGUGAUGCAAGAUAGAGGCCUCAUAUAUCACGGACAGGCGGAGCACCCCGACCCCAAGGAGUGGUACUACGGGCAGUUCGAGAAAGCAUCGCUGCCAACUGCUGAAUUCCUCUUAAAGAUCAGUGAGGUGCCGAUGUCGCAAAGGGGGAAUCCCAUCGCCGUGUCGCGGGCGCUUACUUCCGGAGUGAAUUCCAAAGACAACAACGGUGUGGUCCAAGGAAAGUGGAGCCCGCCGUACUCCAACGGCGUCCACCCUUACGCCUGGAGUUCGUCCUCCGCCAUCAUCAACCAAUACAUGGAGUUGGGAGGAAACACGGUACUCUACGGCCAGUGCUUCACCUUCGCUGCUAUCCUCAACACCCUUCUCCGUGCCAUGGGAAUACCGUCCCGGGUCGUGACUAACUUCCCGUCAGUCCACACGGACAACGGCGGCCAGGUGCUCGACAUAAGGUUCACGAACGAUGGAGCGAAACCAUACGUUGGCGGCAGCAUUUGGAACUACCACGUUUGGAAUGAAGGGUGGAUGAGAAGACCAGACCUCCCGGGUGGCUAUGAUGGUUGGCAAGUGCUCGACGGAACCCCUCAAGGCCUCAGUAUGCAGUCGCAGCUGUUUGAGGUGGGUCCCUUCCCCGUGCGAGGUGUGCUCGACGACAAGAUCGACAUGCCUUUCGACGGCAACGUGGCACGUGCCGCCGUCAAGGCCACAUAUCGCUACUUCAUCGCAGACAUGAGUAACCCUUCCGGAUGGCGCCUCGUCAAAGUGCAAGAAAACGAGUGCGGCAAGCUCAUUGCCACCGAGGCCAUGGGAACCGGGAUGCUUGAAGAUAUCACUCACAACUACAAAAGGCGACCCAUGCCCAUGGCGCGCCACGCCGCGGAGGAACUCGUGAAAGUAAAGCUGCGGCACGACAAGUCAGUGCCGCUGGGCCAGCCCAUCGCCGUCACCUGCGUCGUGAGCAACAACCAGGAGAAACAGUUCCACGCACAGCUCACGAUUAUCAUCACAUCGGUGACCUACAACAACCGGUUUCCGCGGACGAUCUCCACCAUGGUUUACAACGUCACCAUGCCAGCAGGUGGCGAGCAAACGUUCGACGUCAUCGCCCAGCCACAAGACUACAUUAAGACGCUCCGCGGUGACUGCAUGAUCACCAUUGAGGCAACUCUCAAGUACAGCAAGGACUUGGCCUACGCAAGGAGCGUCGCCACCAUACAGUUACCGAAGCUCCAAGUCGAUCUCUCUCCCGUCGGACGGAACGGAGAGGUCCACUACAACGUGUCGAUGAAAAACCCGCUGGCGAUUCCACUCACAAACUGCGAGCUUGCCGUGGAACUUCCGGGCUCUACGCGAUUCCUGAAACCCACUCCCGCUGGGUCGGUCGAGCCUUUCGGUGUCUUCUUCAAGAGCGGCAGCAUCGUCCGAUCGUCAGUGUACACGCGCGAGUUCAACGCGGCCUUCCACUGCCGCGAGAUGCCCAUGAUGAACGGGUACCGCCUCCUGCAGGCGUCCUCGUGACCUCGCACUUUGCAACAGCUCCGGUGUCGGGGAAUAAAACCAAAAGAUC